UCGAAGUGGUAGUAGUUAAAGUGGAUCGGGUCAAAGUAGUAAUGGAUAGUAGAGUCGAAAUGGUAGUGGAUGUAGUGGAUAGUAGAGUCGAAGUGGUAGUGGAUAGUUGGGUCGAAGUAGUAGUAGAUAGUCGAGUCGAAGUAGUAGUGGAUGGUCAAGUCGAAGUAGUAGUGGAUGGUCAAGUCGAAGUGGAUGGUCGAGUCAAAGUGGUAGUGGAUAGUUGGGUCAAAGUGGUAGUGGAUGGUUGGGUCAAAGUGGUAGUAGAUAGUUGGGUCGAAGUGGUAGUAGAUAGUUGGGUCGAAGUAGUAGUAGAUAGUUGA